GUCUUUGCAUUAUUUGUGGUCGAAAAAAGACUAUAGAGAUCGAGUAAAAGAGACGACUCGUAUCUUCACAUGGCUUCUUCACUGAAGAAGCUCAUCUCAAGCUUUCUACUUAUCUUUUCCUCCACCAUCACUGUUGACUCAACAGAACCGUCGUGUCGAAGUUAUAAAUCGAUCAUCAGCUUCGGUGAUUCCGGCGCCGACACUGGAAAUUAUCUCCACCUCUUCGACGUCAAUCAUCCUCCUCAAGCCGCCUUUCCUCCUUAUGGAGAAACCUUCUUCCAUGCUCCCACCGGCCGUAACUCCGAUGGCCGCCUCAUCAUCGAUUUCAUCGCUGAGUUCUUGAGACUACCAUAUGUACCACCUUAUUUUGGUUCUCAAAACGUGAGCUUCAAGCAAGGGAUCAAUUUCGCUGUGUAUGGAGCAACAGCUUUGGAUCGUACGUUUCUUAUGGAAAAGGGAAUUGAAUCAGAUUUUACCAAUGUUAGUUUAAGUGUUCAACUUAACAUCUUCAAAAAAAAUUUACCUAGCCUUUGCGCCUCCUCGUCUCCUCAUGAUUGUAAAGAGAUGCUUGGAGACUCGCUGAUUUUAAUGGGAGAUAUUGGAGCGAAUGACUACGUUUACAUGUUUUUCCAAGGCAAAAGUAUCAAUGAAGUUGAAGAGCUAGUUCCUCUAGUCAUCAAAGCUAUCUCUUCGGCGAUUGUGGAUUUGAUCAAUUUGGGAGGCAAAACAUUUUUGGUGCCCGGAAGCUUUCCAUAUGGAUGUUUCCCCGCGUAUCUUACUCUAUUUCAGACCGCAAAAGAAGAAGAAUACGAUCCUUUUACAGGUUGCCUCUCAUGGCUCAAUGCGUUCGGAAAGAACCAUGAUGAACAGCUCAAGACAGAACUCAGACGACUCCGGAAACUCUACCCUCAUGUCAACAUCAUUUAUGCUGACUACUACAACUCUAUGUACCGGUUUUUCCAAGAACCUGCCAAAUACGGGUUUAAGGAGAGACCUUUGGGUGCUUGUUGUGGAGUAGGAGGUCAGUACAACUUCACUAUUGGUGAAGAGUGUGGAUACCAAGGAGUUGGGUAUUGUAAAAAUCCAUCUGAGUAUGUUAAUUGGGAUGGUUAUCAUUUAACCGAAGCAACGCACCAGAAAAUGGUUCAUGGCUUACUCAAGGGUCCCUAUGCAACUCCUGCUUUCGAUUGAUCCUGCCUUGGCUCUGCAUCUGUGGAUACAGAAUCUUCUACUAGUUGAAAGACAAAGUCGUUUUUCAUCAGUUAAAAUUAUUUUAGUGGUUCAAAUUUUUAUGGAAAUCCACUAAAUAUUAGUAGUACCUAUUAAAAUCAUCAACUA